AUGGCGGAUCAGGCAAGCUAUGAGGCAGACACAUUGACUGCCGGGUUGACACCCAGCCCUACCAGCGCCACCACCCACGCCGGCGGUCAACCACAAGCCACGAAGCCUACGACAGAAAAACCUCGUCAAACACGUCGAAAGAUUGCUCUUGCAUGUACUCCAUGUCGAGAGCGCAAGUCACGAUGCAACGGUGAACGACCUGCGUGUCUACCAUGCCGGAAAAGGCACCGAGAGCACCUUUGUACGUGGGAGGAAACUAUGCCACUCACCCUCGAAGGGGCCGAGAGGUCCAUGUAUCCAGUCUUGAUACCGCUAGGAUCACCUCGAUCACAUCAUCAUCAUCAUCAACGGAAUGCUUCCGUCGAACAAGGUGGCCGCGCUCAUGUCGAGACACUACCGGCAUCGACUCCUUCCGAUAACUCCAACCACCAGGGCUCAUCGGCCCGUGCUAUCACCGAGGCCGUCAUACAAACCAUGGAUUUGAUGGUGAGUCCUCAAGGAUCAUCUCGAACAUCCGGUAAGAUGAGUGAUGCUUCGCCAAAGUCGUCAUUCCGGGACAGUUAUAGAAAAUGGGACACCAGCAGCAACCACGGUUUCGGCCUCCCAAUGCGAUCUACCGCCGACAAGUAUACUACAUAUUUCUUCAAAUACGUCUUAUCAAUAUUCCCCGUGCUUCACUGGCCAUCGUUUCAAGCAAGAUACUUCAAGGUAUGGACAGGUGACGUUGACGACGAUGGCGGCGAUGAUGAUCUCGAUAAACACAUCUUCAUGGCCACACUUUAUAUGGUCUUCGCCUUGGGAUGCAUGUACAGCGACAUGAGUCCGACCAAAGACAAAGCGUGUCUCGCAAACCAAUUCUACAUACGUUCUACGGAAGUCAUCGCCGUCGAAGCUUUGGACACCAUUCCACUCGAAGGUAUUCAGUUGCUAUUAUUACAGACAAUCCAUCUCCAAUCCACGAAACACGAAAAUCGGUGGUGGAACAUUACCGGCAUAGCGACUCGAGGUGCCGUCAGCCUUGGGUUGAAUUUACCGUUCGAUGGCUCCUACUCGAGGAGGAAUCAACUGCAACGAGAAAUGAGACGGCGCGCGUGGCAUACUUGCGUCAUAUUCGAUAGGUUGUUGGCACUCAAUCUAGGUCGUCCAAUGAUGGUCGGUUCGAUCAAUGACUUUCCUCUUCCGCAAGCAGUUGACGACGAGUAUCUGCUUGAAGACGGCGAAGGAGUACAACCUGCACACCAAGAGUCUCGAAUCACCCUCUUCAUACAUUGCAUCAAGCUUUUCGAGAUACAACGUGACACCUUGUUGGCCUUGUACACCAAAGAGGCCAGCCUCAAGCUGAGUGGAAAGUUGCAUCUCUCCGGGUGGUCUGAACAUUGGCUUUCCGAACUUCUAAAGAUCAACCAUUCUCUUGAAGAAGUGGAGGAAGCCCUUCCAGAUCAACUGAGGCUAACACCACUGGCGGAUCAUCACGAACAUGGUCGAUUCCAGUCCAACGUGUUCAACGGUCGAUUCCUUUAUAUUCGUGCUUUACUAUUACGUCCUGUGCUACUACUGGUCGCACGACUCGGUAGGGAAAUUGACCUCUCAUCUUCCCAGACAACCUCGUUGGAGAUGGACAUUAUGAAACGAAUAUGUGCACACUGCAUACUGACGGUUACGGCACUGGUGAACCUCAAAUACCAAACAAUUUCGGACCCAUGCGCGGGACCACCGUGGCCGAAUAGUCAUUACAUCUUUGUCUCAGCUGUCAUUCUUGCCGCCGCUCGUCUAUGCCCGGCUUUCGAUCCAGCCCUGGACCAUGACGUGUUGAGAUCAGCUUGGGACCGCUGCAUCACGGUUCUGGAGCACUAUGCACCUCAAAUCGAAGCGGCCGACUCCUUCCUACACACGGUGUCACUCCUGGGAAGGAGGAUUCAUGACAUGGAACAACCAUCAAGCAAUACCAGAGACGGCGAGAACAACACCUCCUCGGAGGAACCCAUCCUCAUCCAGACGCCGUCACAGAAUGCCCAGAUGGAAAAUCAGGAUUAUUUCGGUGAUGGGAUUUACGAUUUCCUGCAAAAGGAUCUUGACAUGUUGGGCAAAGUGGACUUUUCAUUGCUCCCCGAUGAUACGAUGGAUAUGGCCGAUUUUUACGUUCCAUCAUGA